CGCAGGAAAAAAAGCACAAUAUCCCGAAACUGAAACUAGUUUAAAAACAUGGCGGCUUAUAGAAUUUCGAAAAGAUGGUAUUGUAGUGACUUCUAAAAUGGUUAAAAUUUAUAUGAAAGAAAUUUUAAUAAAAGAGUUUACUCAUGUUUAUCCAAAUAGUGAAAAUUUUCUUGCUUCAAAACGUUGGUUUUAUGGUUUUCUUAAAAGGAAUGGAUUUUCUCUGCGACGUAAAACAAAAAUCAGCCAAAAACUUCCUGCUCACCUUAAUGACAAACUUUUGGAGUUUCAGCAGUUUAUUAUUAAAAAACGAAAACAAUUUGAAUAUGAACUUUGUGAAAUUGGAAAUAUGGAUGAAACUCCUGUUUAUUUUGAUAUGGUUAGAAACUUAACUAUAGAAAAUCGUGGUGCUAAAACUGUGCAAAUUUGA